UAUAUACUGUUUCUCUCUCUACCUAUAUAUUGCCUAUUGGAUCGUAUAUGCAGAAGAUUGUGAAGAGAUGGGCAAUGCGAAUGGGAGAGAAGAAGGACUUUUAGGCGGCGGCGGCGGCGGAGAUGAUGUACCGGGAAGAUCGAAUGGUGAAUCUGGCAUGCUUGAUCAUGCGCAGAAUUCGCGCGUUCCUUCAGCUGACCUGAUGUCCAGUUCGCCGCUGCAUAGUCCACACCGCUCUCCAUCGCCUCUCUUGUUCGCUCCUCAGGUUCCAGUAGCUCCAUUACUACCACAAGGUGGUGAUGCUGCUCCUGGUUUCAAUCAAAUAUGGUGCAGUGACCCUCAGACUACUGCUGAUCAUAGUCUGGAGCAGGGCAUACCUACUUUGAUAACUUGGAGCUAUGGCGGCAACAGCGUGGCUGUGGAAGGAUCUUGGGAUAAUUGGAGGUCAAGGAAGACACUUCAGAGAUCAGGCAAGGAUCACACUAUUCUCCUGGUCCUCCCAUCAGGUGUAUAUCGUUACAAAUUUAUUGUGGAUGGUGAAGUUAGAUAUAUCCCGGAUAUUCCCUUUGUAGCAGAUGAGAUUGGUGGUGUUUGUAAUCUUCUUGAUGUUAACGGUUAUGUGCCUGAUGACCUUCAAAGUGUCUCAGAGUUUGAGGCCCCACUGUCACCUGACUCUACCUAUUGCCAAGCAUUUCCAGGAGAUGAAGAUUUCGCAAAGGAUCCACCAGUAGUUCCACCUCAACUCCAUCUAACUGUUCUUGAUUCAGAAAAAUCAGACGAAGCAGAUGCUUCUUCUAAGCCCCAGCAUGUGGUGCUUAACCACGUUUUCAUAGAGAAAGAAUGGGCAUCACAAUCUGUUGUUGCUCUUGGCCUGACCCAAAGGUUCCAGUCCAAAUAUGUUACGGUCGUCCUCUAUAAGCCACUAAAGAGGUGACACCACUUGUUAAACAUCCUGAGCAUUGUGGAGGUUCCCCCUUGUGUUCAUUUCGGACAACUCUUUCAGGUUUUUAACUUCCAACUAAUGUCUUCUCUGUACAUCUCUGAUCUCAUGCUUUUAGUUUUCACCCCUCUUAAACGAACUGCUGAAUGAAUUUUAAACUGUACAAAUGCAAAUCUUUAGGAUUCUCUGUUGCACUAUUA